AUGUUCAUGCAGCCAUCGCUACGUAAAGCUGCCAUCAACGAUCUGACUUCCUCCGUUCCCUUCAUCAACUAUCCCGACUCGGUCUACAUCAACCAGGACGACCAGUUCCUCUCCGAGUACUCCCAAGACCUCCCCUACCAGUACCUCUCUCAGCAAGAUCAGGGCCGACUGCAGUCGCCCUUCAAGUACCGCCAGAACCUCAACUUCGUCUCUCCUCCCUCAUCCGUGCCAUCUUCUCCCACCUCGUCGCCAGCCUCCUCGGUCUCGCACUUUCCCGCCACAACGGCAGCUUCUGCCGACUACUCCGCCGUCUUCGACGGUUCCAGCUUCGAGGCUCCUUCGAUGACACCGGCCUCCUCCUACAACCCUGAGAUUCACAUCCAGCACUCCAACUCUCCACAGCAGCAGUCCUACCUUCCUCACUACAACCAGCAAUUCGUAUUUGACAAUUCCCAAAUGCUGGCGCAACAGCAGUUUAUGCCCAACAGCCACGGCUGGGACAACAGCCUGCCGCUGUCCAGCCCGCACAGUGUCCAGCGCAUGCCGCAGCAGUACAGUGGCCACCAGCAGACCUCCAGCUCAUCGUCAAGGUCACCGGUGAACCAACGUUCUGCUUACAACAGUGCUCUUACAAAACCUCUGCCGACGCCGGUGCACACGCCAGUACAGCAGUCGUUCCUUACUCCUCAAUUUCACAAGACCGAGCUGGCCCAGGAUGGCAACUACAAUUUGGUCCCAGAGCAGCAGCAGCAGUCAAGCGAGCACUCCCACGCACCUUCCGUUUCCACUAUCAGCCACAACUCCCCCGUCACUCCUCAAAACCAAUUUGAAGAGGUCGAGGACUCCAAAGUUGCUCCUAAUGGUGAGAACCAACCUUCCGAUGACCGAUGGCUAGAUGAUUACUUACGUUUCGAUGCGCUUCCAGACUACAGUGGCUCCAACGGACUUCCCCUAGGAAUCCCCAAGCUCAACCGAACGAUCAGCGACGUUUACCAGGACGAGCUCUUCAACCCGACCGUGAUGCAGACACCUCAAAUCGCAAAACAAAACCAGAACCAGAACUUGCUCGCUCCUUCGUACAACAACAUCGUUGCCAACCGGUUACAAGCUGCCAACCAGGGCCAUCUUUCUGCUCGCGUUGACUCUCCGAUAAACCGGGACCGCUCUCCGUUCAGACAGAACUCUCCCAUGGCCGCCGAGUACGAACACCAUGCCAUGACCAGCGCGCCUACCAGCCAGCCUGGGAUGGUGAUGCAGCACCACCCUCAGGUUGAGCCAAAGACCAUCUCUCCGAAGGACGUGGCGCUGAACGAUUUCAACGAUGGAGACGACCAUGGGCUGCCAGUCUACCAAAAUGACUUCAAUAACCAAAAUGACUUCAACAUUGGCGACACUCUUGGACUGCGACACGAGAACUUCCAGCCGGCUCCUAGUUUUCCAUCGAUGGAUUCGUUCCCCUCGCAAUUCAACCAGGCCCAAUUUACGUUCAAUCAGCCUCACAGCCGACGCCCGUCACAGCCGCAACAAAACUUCCUGCACCAAACCCCUGAGUUCCCUGCGUCGCUUCCUCGCUUUGAAUCUACAAACAGUGAAGCUUACUCGAAUGACCUGACUUCUCCUACUCUGGCAAAGACGACAGCGCCCAUGCAGCGACCGCAGAACACCUCGUCGAACGGCGGCACCUACACGUGCACGUACCACGGGUGUACGCAGCGUUUCGAGACGCCGGCCGAUCUACAGAAGCACAAACGCGAGGCGCAUCGUCAAACGACACCGGGAGGUCACAUGGUUGCGCGCGACGGGUCAUCACGCAACUCGCAGGCUGGUCCCCACAAGUGCACCCGGCCGAAUCCUUCGACCGGGAAGCCCUGCAAUUCUGUCUUCUCCCGGCCUUACGAUCUUACACGGCACGAAGACACGAUCCACAACGCCCGCAAGCAAAAGGUUCGCUGCCACCUGUGCACGGAGGAGAAGACCUUCUCCCGCAAUGAUGCUCUGACACGGCACAUGCGGGUCGUGCACCCCGAAGUGGAAUGGCCCGGCAAACAGAAGCGCAGGGCACGAGAAUAG